UGAAAAGCUAACUGUAUCCUUCCGACACGACCUCCUAAAGAACCCCGUGACACUUUAAUUGUCCUUUAACAAUGGAGGCAUAUAUAUUUCGAUAUAAUGGAUGGUUCAUCUUCAAAUAAUGCCUCUGGGCUUCCGGUAAGCGCGUGAAGACCCUAAUUAAAGUAGUGCGGCGACAGGUGUGUGUGGAGGUGAACCAGACGUGUCUCCGGCCCCACACGGACCCAACCACCGGGAGGACAAGACGACAAGAUGCCGCUGAGGCGGACGAGAAACGCAGGGACUGCCCCGAGUAAGGAGCAGCUGGGCCGGGAGAUGCGACAGAGCCGGCUGGUGCUCUUCAUCCAGCAGGUUGAGAAAGAAGCACAAGAGCGGAUGAACGACCUAGAGGCCAAAAUGGAGAACACGUUGGCAACUAUGGACAAAGUGUUCAAGGUGGAGGUGAUGAAGAUGCCUCCGUCUCUGCAGAGCGCGCUCAUCGGGGAUCUGAUAAGCGAGGAGGAGAUCUCAGCAAGUGAGGUGUCGAUCGCUAUGAAGAAUGAGUCUAUGGUGAUGCACCAGCCGCUCAGGAGGGUCCCCAGCAAGAGAGGAAAAGCAAGUGAUUCUACAACGAGUCGGUCCACCCCGGCCCACAGGACCUCAUCCAAGACCUCGAAGGGAGGAAAGGGGUCAAACAGGACCCGAACAUUAGUUGGCAGUAACAGCACUGGGAACCUCGGAGGCGACUCGGCCGCUGCCAAGAGAACACAGAGCCGCUUAAGAAAGACCAGCGAGCAGUCCAUCCCGAGCAAACCGAAACUCAGGUCUGUCGUCUCUGCCGGUGAUCUGCACUGUUCAGUGGCAGGUUCUGCUGCACACAUCACUGUAACCACAGCGCAGGGACAGACUGUCAGCUUUUCUGAAGAGACCAAGGAUGAAAUUAACCUGGACGUGCUGGAUGACGUGGCGUGGUGCCAGAUUCAGAGGCUCACGAGUCUGAUGGAUUAUCUGUCCAGGCGAAGUCGCAGCAAGCAGUGAGCAAAGACGCCUGAACGUCCACUGUGACCACUUCUUUUAUCAGUUGUGCAAAUGAGAGUAAAAUGUGCUUUAUUUGUCUUGAAGAGUUUUAAAAAUAUACAAUAAAGCUUAUGAAUGUUACCCGAA